AUGGAGGAUAUUUUCGCUCGUUUUGGUAUACCGGAAACUCUGAUUACUGAUAAUGGAACUCAAUUUAUUUCCAAAAAAUUCCAAUCAUUUUGCCUAUCGUACGGUAUACAGCAUCUACGUACACCGCCUUUUCAUCCCAGUUCAAAUGGCCAAGCUGAAAGAUUCGUGGAUACCUUCAAGAGGGGACUCCAAAAACUUACCGGUGGGGAGAACAUCCGCAAUCAUUUACCUAUAUUUCUCAAACAGUACAGAUCUACUCCUAACGUAAACGUUCCAAAUAAGGUCUCUCCUGCCGAGGCACUGAUAGGUAGACCUAUGCGCACAGUUCUGGAUUUACUUAAACCAUCCAUCCGUCAACAGCCGCAGAAGGACGACAUUAAACUACGUCAAGAACAACAAUUCAAUCGCAAGCACGGAGUAAAAUCUAAAGCUUUUGAAGUAGAUUCAGAGGUUUGCGUCAAGAUCUAUAACAUUAACAAAUGGAAAUGGAUCCCAGGAAAAAUAGUAGAACACAUCGGACAAGUUUUAUAUAACGUUCCGACAAGACAGCGUUUAGUCAUGGCUCACGCAAAUCAAUUGAGACCCCGUUUCUCUGUUGAAACUAAAGAAUCUCCACAGGAUAUUCAGUUACCAUUAGACAUCUUAUUGGGGACUUUCGAUCUUCAAGGAGAGGAGCAAACAAAUACAGAGAUGGCAGCUUUACAGUCUCAAUCCUCAACUCCGGACAUCUCCGACGUUAACAGUCCUACAAUUAGCCAAAAGUCUAUUUCAGAUUCCCAAUCACAGCCACUCAGACGCUCAGCUUGUAAGAGAUAUUCUCCAAAGCGAUACGAGGACGUAGGAUGUUUUAUAAGAAAAAGAAGGGGAGGUGUUGCCGAGAGAAAAUAG